AUGAAGAUCGCAAAAGUGGUUGAAUGGAAACCCAUAUACAUAGAUCAGAAGCUUAUGGAGAAGUUGCUGCAACCAUUUUCGUAGAUAAAUCAUUUGAGUCAAGGGAAGAAGAAGUCAGUCAAUAAAGUUUAAACAUCAUCCUUUGCUUAUAAUUCUAUGUUAAUUUAAGACAUCAAUUGUAUCAGCGAGUUGGAACAAUUGAAUGAAAAAAUAGUAGAAAGACUUUGUAGGGAUAUGAAUAAGUGUGAUUAAUUUUAUAAUGUACAUCAAUAGCAAAUAUAAGUGAAAUUAAGAAAGUUGAUAUAUAACAUUUUCAUUUAUCAAGAUCUGCAGAAGGUGGACGACAUUAAAUCGAAAUUGUACAUCCUGAAGCAAUAUUCAGAGAUGCUGUUUUUAGAAUGCAACUUAUUGGAGCAAUUCGCGCAGUUUAAUGACAUUGUUAUUAAAAAGGUUCUGAAGAAGUACAAAAAGUAAGUAUUCAUCCAAGAUUCCUAAUACAAUUUACAGAGGAUGCAGAGCAUAUAUAAUGAGUUAUAAAUAUUCAAUAAUCGUCAGGAGAUUCAAAAGAUACAAGUCAAAUUAAAGUUGCUUUACUCGCGUUGUCUAUCAUCUAAAUAGAAGAAUUAGAAUAUUCGGAAACUUAAAUACCAUAAUAUUUACAAGGGAUUUACAAGAAAGGAGCAAUUAUUAAUUGGCUUAUAUUUGGGUGGUUCUUUUUGCUUAUUGUUAUACAUCAUGUCGAAGAGAAACUAGUUAAAUAACAACUUUUACUAGAAUCAAUUUUAUUAUGAUUUAUACUUUCCCAUGUUCAGAGGAAUUGGGUUAAUGAUUUUAUAUUAUUGGUCACUCAUAUUUUGUGUAUAUUGUUGGAUUAAAGGCAAUGUUGGAUAUAGAUCAAUAUUUAAUUUCAAAUAUCAUAGCUCGUCAAUUAACUAAUUGAUCAAAAGAGCCGCCUUCAUAACAUUAGUGUAUUUUGCAGUGUUGAUCAUCAGUUUGUAAAAGGAACUCUACCUAGAAGAGGAAAAAGAUAUCAAUAAAUAUCUCUUAGAUUACAUAACAGAUAAAAUAGCAUAUGAUCCUGCAAUAGGUCCAUUGAUAAUAUGGAUUAUUAUGAUAAUCUAUAUGGUUUGGCCUUCAAAAAAGUACCUGAAUGCUAAAGGGAGAAAAUACUUCUGGAGGAUUGUAUAUACAAGUAUGUUGGCAGGGUUUUUUGACUGCCCCUUUGUUAACGGUUGGGCAACAGACUAAUUGCUAUCAUUGGUGUUGAUGCUUAAGGAUUUUGGUUAUACAGUGUGCUUCUAUUUUGAAUACUUCAAGAAUAUAAGUGAUUAUGAUUCUUAAGCUACUUGUGGUGAUCCUAAAAAUCUGCAGAUAGGUUUAAUUGUCUGUUUGGUUCCUAUUUUCUUGAGAUUUGUUCAGUUAGGGAGAUGUUUCUAUGAUGCAGGGAAAAUAACUAGAGAUGACUUCUUUGUCGUUCUAAUAUAUGUGGAAGUCACGAUGGUAAAUGUGUUCUCAUAUUUAUCGUAAUUUGGAUAGAUUUACUUUAUAAUGUGGAUAAUCUCUUUCUGCACACUUGCUUGUCAUGCUUAUUUUUGGGAUGUUAAGAAGGAUUGGGGUUUGUUUUAACCUAACACAAAACAUAACAAACUUAGAAAUCAAUUAGCAUUUAAAUCUAUCUUCUAUUAUAUUGCUAUAGUUUUGGAAUUCUUUCUUCGUUUUGCUUGGAUUCUUUCGAUAUCACCUAAUAUGGCAUCAAUCAUCCACGUUUGGUCGCCAUUCUUCUCCUUAAUCAUGGCCAUUUUUGAGUUGUGUAGAAGGACAGUUUGGAAUAUAUUUAGAAUUGAGAAUGUUCACAUUUAGAAUAUGGGAGAUUUUAAGGCAGUUUAUCCAGUCUAACUGCCAUUUGAAUCGUUGAUUGACUAAUAGUCUUAUACGAACAUUAAAGAAUUGAGAAAAACACAGAUAGAUCCAAUCAAUAUUUCAUUGUUGGGUGGAUAAUAGAAUUAAUAAUCUGUCGCAGGGUAAUACUUUUAAAUUAGGAACUCAUUGAGAUCAGAUUCAAUCGAAGAUGAAUCAAAAUUAAAUUAAUUGUAACAGUAAGAGUAGGAUUUAAUUGCUGAAACUAUGUUUGAGGAUAGAAAGAGAGAAAGUAUUUUAACUAUGCGAUAUUCUCAAUUUAAGUUUGAUCAUCAAAAUGAGAAAUAGACACUGAGUAAACAAGAAUUACUAAGAGAUCUGUCCGCAAUUCAGGAGUUGAUCAAAAAGAUGAAUUGA